AUGCCGCCAAAAAGUAAGACAACUUUGACAGAUUCGCAAAAAUACGAACUUUGCCUGUAUGCUCGCGAUAAUAAGAAAUCUCGUGCGGAGUAUGUCGAAACUAAAUGGCAAGUCAGGGUUAAUGAGUCUACCAUAACACAAAUUUUGCAAAGAAGCAACCAGUUACUUUCUGAAGAAGAAAUCAUUGCUCCAAAUGCAAAAAAGACACAGAUCGGUUACAUACCCAGAACUCGAACAAGCACUGAAAUAACAGCUAUCAGUGCCAGUACGGCAUUACAAGACUUGGAAACUGUACAAGCAUUUUUACUACAAGAAAAUGCAAGUGAAUACAUAAAAAUGACAAAUAUUCUCGAGAGAUAUUAG